CGUGACACCUGGAGUUUGUUCUUUCAGGUCAAAGAAAACAAUUACCGCGGACAUGGCGACAGCGUGGACCAGCUGUGUUGGCAUCCAAGUAACCCUGACCUCUUCGUCACAGCGUCCGGAGACAAAACCAUUCGCAUCUGGGAUGUGAGGACUACCAAGUGCAUCGCGACUGUGAACACUAAAGGGGAGAACAUUAAUAUAUGUUGGAGUCCCGAUGGGCAGACCAUAGCCGUAGGCAACAAGGAUGAUGUCGUGACCUUUAUUGAUGCCAAGACACAUCGUUCGAAAGCAGAGGAGCAGUUCAAGUUUGAGGUUAAUGAAAUCUCCUGGAACAAUGACAAUAACAUGUUCUUCCUGACAAAUGGCAAUGGUUGCAUCAACAUCCUCAGCUACCCAGAGCUGAAGCCUGUGCAGUCCAUCAAUGCGCACCCUUCUAACUGCAUCUGCAUCAAGUUUGACCCCACAGGGAAGUACUUUGCCACAGGAAGUGCAGAUGCUUUGGUCAGCCUCUGGGAUGUGGAUGAGUUAGUGUGUGUUCGGUGCUUUUCCAGGCUGGAUUGGCCUGUGAGGACCCUCAGUUUCAGCCACGAUGGGAAAAUGCUGGCUUCAGCAUCAGAAGAUCACUUUAUUGACAUUGCUGAAGUAGAGACAGGAGACAAGCUAUGGGAGGUGCAGUGUGAGUCCCCGACCUUCACUGUGGCUUGGCACCCCAAAAGGCCUCUGCUGGCAUUUGCCUGUGAUGACAAAGAUGGCAAAUAUGACAGUAGUCGGGAAGCAGGAACUGUGAAGCUGUUUGGGCUUCCCAAUGAUUCCUGAUUAGGAGGACCUGGCGUAGGGAGACAGAUUGAACUAAAAUUAGUUUGGUCUGUCUCUCCGAGUUGGUGUGCACCUACAGUAUUUGUACAUUGCUAUAAAUUAUAAAAGUCUUUUUUACAGGCUGCCCA